CUUUUAAAAUUUUGGCUCCGAUAGAGCCUAGCCUAGGGUUUACAAGGAAUGGGGGGGAUUUUGGCGCUCCUUGUCGCUCUAAUCGUCGGUGCAUGCUUCCCGAUCGCGCAUGGAUCCAGCUGCGAUGCUGCUGCUGCUGCGCCUGGGAUUUAUGAUGCGAUGUGCUUGGCUGAGACUGAUGACAGCAGCAAGAUUUUGAUCCGCGGAGGAACAGUGGUGAAUGCCGAUCGCCAGUUCCAUGCGGACGUGUAUAUCGAGGAUGGAAUCAUCAAAUUGGUAGCUCCAGAUUUGAAGGUUCCAGACGGCGUUCGUGUAGUCGAUGCGACUGGCACGUACGUAAUGCCAGGAGGGAUUGAUCCUCACACACACCUCGCAAUGCCGUUCAUGGGCCAGGAAACUUGCGACGACUUCUUCAGUGGCCAAGCCGCUGCUCUAGCCGGAGGUACAACCAUGCAUAUUGAUUUCGCACUCCCGAUCGGUGGUGACCUUCUGAAGGGGUUUGAGAGCUACCGAAGAAAAGCCGAGUCCUCUUGCAUGGACUACGGCUUUCAUAUGGCUGUUACGACCUGGAACGACAAAGUGGCACAAGACAUGGAAACUCUCGUGAAAGAACAUGGAAUCAACUCUUUCAAAUUUUUCAUGGCGUACAAGGGGAGUUUGAUGGUGACGGACGAACAGCUCUUGCAAGGGUUUAAGACGUGUAAAAGCCUUGGGGCAGUACCACAAGUUCAUGCGGAAAACGGUGAUGCCGUGGCCGAAGGUCAAUCUCGAAUCUACGACUUGGGCAUCACUGGACCGGAGGGACAUGCGUUGUCUCGGCCAUCACUGCUGGAAGGAGAAGCCACAGCACGAGCCAUCAGACUUGCAAAGUUUGUAAACACGCCUCUGUAUGUGGUUCACGUAAUGAGCAUAGAUGCACUGGAAGAGAUUGCUCGAGCUCGUCAAGCAGGACAACGAGUGAUUGGCGAGCCAGUUGCAUCUGGUUUGGUCUUGGACGACUCCAAGUUGUGGGAUCCAGACUUUCGGGUAGCUGCACAAUACGUGAUGAGCCCUCCUAUACGGCCUGCUGGACAUAAUGCGGCACUUCAGGCCGCCCUCUCAAGUGGAUUUUUGCAGCUUGUCGGCACAGAUCAUUGUCCUUUCAAUUCAUCACAAAAAGCAGCCGGCAGAGGCGAUUUUCGGAAAAUCCCGAAUGGUGUCAAUGGCAUAGAAGAGCGAAUGCACAUUGUGUGGGAUGCUAUGGUGAACUCUGGGAAGAUUUCUCCAUCAGAUUAUGUUCGAAUAACAAGCACUGCCUGUGCACAAAUAUUCAACAUAUAUCCGAGGAAAGGCGCGGUGUUGCCUGGCUCAGACGCGGAUCUUAUCAUCUUGAAUCCCAACAAAACAACAACAAUCUCUGCAAAAGCUCACCACUCGAAUAUUGACACUAACAUAUACGAAGGAUGGCAAAUCAAGGGGAAUAUAGAAGUGACCAUCAGCCAAGGCAGGAUUGUGUGGGAAAAUGAGAGACUCAACGUUGCUAGAGGGGCCGGGAGAUACGUGAAAAUGGCACCAUUUGGACAACUCUUUGAUGGGAUUGUGAAGGCAGAUAUUGCUUACCUCUCCUCUUUGAAGGCUCCAGUGUAUAGAAAAUAAAUGCGAGAGAGUGGAUCUUGUGAUGCUAACAAGGUAUAUAGUUUGUAUAUAAACAAAUGAUUAUAAGGAUAAACCCUCAAAUAUUUCAGACAUUGUCA